AUGUCUCCCCCAGCAGCCAUGAUCGAGACCGUCGCGGCCCCCGCUGCCACCAAGAAGGACAUCGUCGUGCCCCGAGGCCUCCCCGCCGACGAUGUCCCCCAGACCCAGCUGCUCGACCGGUUCGGAAGCAAGUGGGACGAAUUCCGCUUUGCGCCCAUCCGCGAGAGCCAGGUGUCCCGCGCCAUGACGCGCCGCUACUUCCAGGAUCUGGACCGCUACGCCGAGAGCGACAUCGUCAUUGUCGGGGCUGGAUCGUGCGGAUUGAGCGCAGCGUAUGUGCUGGCUAAGGCGCGACCGGAUUUGAAAAUCGCCAUCAUCGAGGCGAACGUCUCCCCUGGCGGCGGAGCCUGGCUCGGCGGCCAACUCUUCUCCGCAAUGGUCAUGCGCCGACCAGCGGACGUCUUCCUCCGCGAGCUCGGCGUGCCAUUCGAGCAAGACGCCGACAAUGCCAACUACGUGGUAGUGAAGCACGCAGCGCUGUUCACAUCCACGCUGCUCAGCAAGGUGCUGUCCUUCCCGAACGUGAAGCUCUUCAACGCGACAAGCGUGGAGGAUCUCAUCACGCGACCGGGCAGCUCCGGCCCUGAAAGCGCACGCAUCGCCGGCGUCGUCGUCAACUGGACGCUGGUGACGAUGCACCACGACGACCAGUCGUGCAUGGACCCCAACACGAUCAACGCGCCGAUCGUGGUGUCCACGACUGGCCACGACGGCCCGUUCGGCGCCUUCUCCGCGAAGCGGCUCGUGUCGAUGGGUGGGAUCGACAAGCUGGGCGGCAUGCGCGGCCUGGAUAUGAACUCUGCGGAGGACGCGAUCGUCAAGAACACGCGUGAGGUGACCAAGGGACUGAUCAUUGGCGGGAUGGAGCUGUCGGAGAUCGAUGGCUUCAAUCGUAUGGGUCCGACUUUUGGAGCCAUGGUGCUCAGCGGUGUCAAGGCUGCGGAGGAGACGCUGAAGGUGUUCGACGUGCGCAAGAGGGAGUGUGCUGAGAACUAA